UCGGUGGGUUAGCGGUCCGGCGGAAGAACCUACAUAACACGACUGAACAAGACAAUCCGACUUUCGUAUUUGAUGAUUUGGGCUUGUAACGAAUAGCUCAAGGCAUCCCAUGACAUCUCAUGCAUUCGCAGCGCUUGCACAUAUCCAAAUCCUUGUCCUCCCAGUGGGCCCAAUCCCUCGUACUGCCUUUGAGAAGUAUGCGGCAGAGAUCAGGACAUUUGAUUCAAUUCGCUUAGGUGAUAUACCUACUGGGAUGAAGGAUGAGCGAGCCCGUUUCAUGCCAAAUCCACUUUCAAGUGGUCAUCUAUAUCUGAGCUACCCAUCUCAUCCUGCCCCUCCUCGCCAUCUUCCGCUGUCUCUGUUCCGACCGUCUCACUUCACGCUGGGUAUAAUCGGUAUCGCUGCGUGUUCCUCCUCAUAUUCCCUUGCCUCUGCUCUUGAGCAAUUCGAGAAUACCGUACUCGACAUCUCUCCGGAAGGCUCCACAUUUCCCCUGGCCAAAGUCUGUUUUGCCUUCGAGGAGGAGGAAUGUGUUGGCAAUGCUGGUCUUGGAGACACAUUACCCGGGAUUAUUUCCAUCCCGAGCGUGAUGGGGAAUAAGAAACUUUAUCUCGGCACCCUGCUUGCUGAUUUGUGCUCUCAGAUCCUCGCUGAACUUGGUCGUGUGUAUCAAGUUCUGGAGAAUCCCGUAGGAAAUGAGUAUCUGAACUCUGCUCUUUUCCCAACGCUGCCUUCUCCCUCUGAGAUGCCCCUUUCUCUCAGUUCCGGAAUUCUCGGAUUUCCUUCGUACUCAAGUCAGCCUGAGCUCGAUUCAUCAGGCCUCGCAGCACCGAAUAUCCCGAUCAAGCGUAGCUCGACUUCUGGACCCAUUAUCAGUCACACGACAUCCCUUACCCAACGACACUCUACACUCGGUCCCCCAGCGGCCAAGAAACGUGCCAGUGCAGUUGGUGCUGUUUCGUCACAUGGUAGACUCUACAAGGUUCUUGGUGAUUUCUUCCUGUUGGCUGGUAGGACAGAAGAAGCAAUGUUGUGGUACGCAGAAGCUAUCGUGCUGUUCAAGACCGGACAGGAUCCCGUAUGGCAUGCCUCCGCAUUAGAAGGGAUGGCAACGGUUUUUGUUCUAGAUGCAUGGUCAGUCGGUCAAGGCCUGCAAUCCUCUGUUAGCAACAAUGGUAUGAAGGAACCUUGGGCGGACAUAUAUGAGCAGCUGUCUCAAGCUAUAGCUCUAUACCACAAGGCUCCUGUGCAUUCUGAGCUUAGCCAGGACUAUUCGCUUCUGGCCCUGACAUACUGCACAGUUGUUAUGCGGCAAACAUCCCUCCUUUUCUGCGUCUGGUCUACCAAAGGAUGGGGUGCUUUAGCUUUUGCUUCGAUGCUACAACCUGGGUCAACUUCAUAUAUGCAAAAGGCGACGUCCGAUAGGUCCUGGACGAACAUGGAGCGCUUGAGCAUCGUGUCAGGCGUGUCUCGUUCACACAUAGCGAACACCGUGUCGCAAGCGCACGGUCCAUGGCUCCUGCAUCUUGGCCCUCAUGAACGGCUUACUAUUUUGCAAUCUAUGGCCAGUAUUUAUUCAUGCCUUGGAUACAGGCGGAAGGAAGCCUUCAUUUUGCGCGAGGUCAUCAGCUGCAUCAUGGAUCUCAUCGUUUGUGGCCGGGAAGAAAAUGACCUCCUACGGAAAUCCGACAUUGGAAGCGCAAACAUAGGCAGUCACUCCGAGAAUGGCGAUGAAGUGAACAUGGCGGGGAAAGGAGCUGUCGGUAUGCGACAAAACGAGAUUCUAGAAGGCAAUCAGAGCAUUCUGAAACUCCUCAUCUGUUCCUGCAAGGUCCUCGGUGUUGAUCUGGAAGCGGUGGGUGUGGCAAAAGCAGCGGAUGGUAUUAGCACCGAAGUAGGGCGUGGGGACAGCAACAGCUCUUCCAUGGAGGAUUUAGAAGGCUUGGUAGAUGCGGCAAAGGAAUCCUUCGGGUGGCCAGAGCUUCAAGUUGGGGUUAUUCGUGAGGCCAUUGCUGUGGCAGAGGCACUUCCCGAUCCGCUCGCUGUGGCGCGAAUAUCAUUAUCGGCGUUGAGAACAAUGCACUCUGUGUUGGCCAGUAGUGAUCAAUACCAUUUGUAUCAAACUGCUGGACGUGCUCUUGCUGUUAUGCGUCGGCGUGGUGAUGCACCUGCGGUCGAGUACUGGGCCGGACACCCUAUCAUGAGUCUUGCAUUACUGCCGUUGGCUUUACACCGCCUACCAAUUGAAAAUCUAUGCUCCAUAUUGACCGCAACACCAUCCGCCACGAAUUCGUUGCUGAGUGGGAUCACUGAUCCUUUCCUAUACAAUCCCCGGAAAUUAUCAGGACCGCAGAGCAAAAACUUGAUUGUUCAAGGUGAACCUAUUGAGCUCACGAUCACCUUACGAAAUCCUUAUGUUUUCGAUCUGGAAAUCCAAAGUAUUUCGCUCAGCACGACUGGCGUUGAGUUUGAAUGCAGUCCUGUUUCCACACUCGUCAUCCCUCCCAACACACUCUAUCCAAUUACUGUCGUCGGCACUGCCAAGACGCGAGGAACUUUAGUUUUCCGAGGAUGCAUUGUGCAAGCCGCUUGGGGAGCUGCAAAAGAGUUUCUAUUACCUGUCCCAACUGAUGCCGAUCAGAAUUUGUUUGCACGCCACCAAAGCGCCGUGAAAUGCGAAAGCGGUCGCACCAAGCAUUGGGGCCUCGACUCUCGUCCGUGGGAGAAAGAUGGGAGGCGACUCAGCACCUUGCUCCCAUCCUUCAAGAAACCACCUCAGUUUUUACAAUGUGUCGUGGUUCCCGAGCAGCCCCUCCUCCGAAUCAGAUGGACGUCGCUCACACACGGCGCAGUCAUGCUGUACAACGGCGAAGAAUCGAGCAUUCGCUUGACGUUGGAGAAUAUUUCUGCAUUGCCGAUCGAUUUCCUUCGGUUAUCUUUCGAAGACUCCACCAUUGGUCCCGCACAGGAAGCUCUGUCCGAAGGAGAACUUUCCGUCUUCGAAACAUAUGAGACAGAGUACGAUCUUUUACACCGACAGGCGCUUUCAUGGCGUAAUGACAAGGAGAUCACCAAAAUUUUGCCAAACCAAAAGGUGGUCCUUUCUGUGACCUGUUUAGGAAAAGUUGGAUGUGCACAUGGUACCAUCCACAUCUCAUACUCCCAGGUCAAUCGAGAACACGAGGAACAGGCACCCGCAGCCGAGGUGUUCUAUACUCGACAGUUGUCAUAUCCGGUGACUGUGACUGUUUACCAUAUGCUGGAGUGUCAUGAUCUGAGCCUCGUGCCGAUGGUUGAUGUGGAUUAUGACAUCGGUCACCGAGCUAGCAAUUCCAUGACACAAAUCCUUCCAGAAGUUGAUGACCCAGCGGAAUGGUGCUUGUUUGCAGUUGACGUCCGCAACACAUAUGGGCUCCCGUUCGAAGUCACAUUCGAACGUGAACAAGCUGGCACCGAAAGCGCAGCCGUUUCAUCAACCGUUCCUCCAGGGUCAAUGUCGCGUAUCAUGCUUCCGGUUAAAAAGUUCAGACUAUCAGAUGAUCAGAUCUCGCAACCCAUACCGACAUUAUCAGACCGUCAGUUCGUCGUCGGAAAGUCCAGGUUGUCAAUCGAAGAGGAACAAGCUCAACGGGAGCUAUUCUGGUAUCGCGAAGAGCUCCUCAAGAUCAUUUCCGCCCGAUGGAAAGAGACGAAUGGCGAUAGACACGGAGAUCUCUCUUUGCGACAACAACGGUUAACGCUCCCGAUGUUAAAAGCCUUGCGGACAGACGUGGUGCGAGUGGACUUGACGCUAGUGACGGACAACCAGGACGACGGUUCACCCGAAGAGCUCGAUUACGGAGGAGGCAAAUACAUUGCCAGACCGAACGAGAUGCUCUACCUUCGCGUAGAGGUCGCCAAUUCAACAUUAUCGCCUCUCGUUAUGGCACUAGACUUGAUCGUUGAUCCAGCUGAACAGGUCCUUUCUGAAGGUGGUUUAUCUAACGUGGUCAUAGGGAAGCUGGAAAGCGAGGAAUCCAGAGAUGUGGAAGUGCCACUGUACUUCCUCUGCACUGGUCGUUUCGAAAUCGGGGCGGAAGUUCGGAUAUUAGGAGCUCCGAAGGACAGUCGGGCAGGUGCUAGUAGAGUUUGUAUCUCCGUUAGAGAGGAUGGAUAGUAAGUUACGAUACGGUCGCAAUUAACUCGUGAUUUCUUGUCUUUUGAUGCGACACUACUAGGUAUGGUAGUUGCAUGCCUAUAUAUGGAUUUUGCAAGGGGCCAAACAAUACAAAAAAAGUAGUCCCACCGAGGAUUGAACUCGGGACCCUUGCAUGGAAUGUAACCUCAUAAGUACAACGCUCUGACCACUGAGCUAUGGGAC